AUGUCGUCGCGUCGAACCACCGAUCCUCAUCGACCAGUCCGCCCCUCGAUCCCCAUGGGAACAUGGGUCCUCUAUGGCUGCGGCGCAGGACUGCUCGGCGUAGCAGCAAUGACCGUCGGAGAAAAAAUUGAACAAGUCUUUACUGGACGGCCCAAUUCCUAUGUCCCCGGCCACACGCUGGAGCGACUACUGGCUUUGCCUCCCCGACCGGACAACGAACGCUGGGGACUAAAUAUGGCAAUGCAUUACGGACAGGGCGCAGUUGCGGCCGUCAUUCGAGCAUUCAUGAGCAUCAACGGCAUUCGAGGACCGUUUGCCGACUUUAUGUUCGUCGGCGUCCGGUUGACGAUUGAUCAGACGCUGGAGAAUUGGACGGGAGUCGGCGCUCCUCCGUGGACGUGGCCAGUCAAUGAGCAGGUCAUCGAUGUACUGCAUAAGGCAGUCUAUGCUUUCGUGACUGGGUACUUGACAGACAGAUGGCUGCAAUGA